UAAGCCUUGGUAUUGUGAAAAGAAGAAACGGACACACAUUUUUUGAUAACUGUGAUACAGGAAAUGAAUUGUUUUUAAAAUAAUGUUUAAAACCAGAUAUUUUAAAGCUUGUUUGAUUUACCUUCCAUCUUAACCAUUUUUGGGAAAGCUCUGAAUUUCAUUAAAUGUUGUUUAAAGACCUAAAUAUCUACAACAUGGACACACCGACAACUCCAUACGAUGUACAUCAAUGUUGGAAAUGUUCAGGCAACACAAGGUACUAUUGUAAAUCGUGCUUGUGUAAUUUAUGUCUAUAUUGUAAAGAGAAGCAUUUUAAAGAUCUCACAACAAUAGCCCAUAAUGUUGUGACAUAUCGUAAGAAACAUACCUACACAAAAACACAAGAGAACUGUGCAAGACAUACGACCACAUUUUUUGAAAUGUAUUGUGAUUCCUGUAAAGUGCCUGUUUGCUGUAUGUGUUCAGAACAUAGACAACACCGAUUGAUAAAUAUCCAAAAAGCUUAUAAAACAAAGCGACAACAACAUAGAGGCACCAUUCACACCAUUCGAUAUGAAACUCUCCUUUACAGACCUAUACUACAAACAAUAAUCGAAGCAGAUUUCGAAAGUUGUUACACGAACUUUUCAAUAUACCAAUCACGGAUUUUGACCAAGGCGAAGGAAAUAAAGGAUCUGAUUGAUUAUGUAAAGCACACGUUUAUGUGCAAUGUUUUUUGUGACGUUGACUUCAAAUACAGCUGCUUAUACCAGAAGACAGAAAUGAGCAAACAUAUUGUCAGCCUUCAGGAAUAUGAGCACAGAUAUGUACAACCAGCAUUCACAUUCAGUGCCCUACAAUUCCUUUUGUUCAUAAAGACUGCUCGUCUUUCCCAGAUACACUUUUCCGUCCAUACCAGCAAGCUCUCUAUGACUGAGUCACUCAACAAAAAGGAUGUGAUGGAGUCCCUGAGUGGAAUCCAAAUCACAUAGAGAGGACAUCGAAGCGUAGGAUGUAAGUAUAAGUUAACAAUGAUGAACGGUAUUGAAUUAUGUCAAUAUUUCAUGUUAACAGGUGUUGACAGUUGCAAUCACAUUUCAUGCAUGGCAUCAUCAGACCGGUUCUGGGUUAGUGAUGUUUGCCAAAGUCUCACACUGACAAACACAGCAGGUUUCGUUUUACAUCGUGUGGCGGAUUUAUGUAUUGAUUCAUAUGGAGCACACACCUUGAAUAGUGAGAAUGAACUUAUUUAUAUCGAUAGUAAUUAUAACAUCAAAAAAGUGUCAAAAGAUAUAGAAACAACCACCAAAUUUUUAGAGAUUUCACACCUAGCACGGCAAGCAACGUGUGUGUACUGGUCCCCUUCUACUGGGGAUCUGCUGAUAGGCACUUAUAUAAGGAAACUAGAUAUAGGCCAUGUAAUGCGGUACAACAAGAGCGGACGACUUACUCAGAUAGCACAACUUCAUAACAGAGAAUUAAAAGUGUGUGGUCAACCUAACUUCAUUGCAGAGAACACAAAUGGGGAUAUCGUGGUGUCUAACUAUACCAAUUUUACAACUGGUGCUGUUGUAGCAAAAGACCGUAGUGGAAAACAUCGUUUCUACUACACAGGAACUAAAUCAGAAUUUCGGCCAAGGGGAAUAUGUACUGACGCCUUGUCACACAUUCUGGUGUGUGACGAUGCAACCCGUUCAAUACAUAUGUUACACAGGGACAGGAAAUUAAUAACAAGAAUACUUGAAGGUUCAGAGAUUAGUCAAUGCAGCCUAAGUUAUAAUAGCAACACCCACCAGCUCUGGGUUGGAUUAGAAAACAACGAACUGUAUGCCUUCAGGUAUAUAAACAGAACGGACGUUCUGACAGAUGAGCAUUCAUCAUCCUGUCUUUACUGCUCUGGAAUUAGAAUUCAUUUUACUCCAGCAAUUUGGAUUUAAAAACAAAGCUGACCGUUAAAUAUUAAUUCAUUAAUAUGUAUUUCUUUGUUAAUGUGUUUUAAUAAUCGGCCAAUAUAAUAUCAAAAGUAUGUUCAUUAGUAGACUGACUGAUAUAUUGCAUUUAAAUAGAUAAACAUUUUAGGGGUCUGCCUAAUUUUCCAAAACUAUACAGUCGACUUUAGGUUGUCAAUAUAUACAUGCAAAUACAAUAUAAGGUAGACAUAUGUUCAUAUUUAAAAUGUA